ACUGUUCGACGUUUUGCCCCACAAAAAUCUGAUCACCGUUGUAUUUUCUGUUCGCUUCUUGGCGUCGGCUUCCAGUACUUCAAUCGGAGCUACAUAUAAAAAUUAUGGUCAAAGCCGCUUACAGUUUCAGCAAGUGACAGGAGAGAGCGCGCAAAAGGGUGUCUGUUAAUGGCAGCUUUUGCCGCCUGUUUUUUCUCGUGUGGUUCUUCUUUUCCUUCUCUUUCUUCUCCUUCUUCUUCUUCUUCAUCAUUUGCCCUUCGUCCCAAUCACUUGGUAUCUUUUCCACGCCUUCGUGUUGGCAAAAUUUCAAAAGAUUUGAUAAAUGUGAAAACCCUAGUUUUUGCUUCGUCAGAUGGAAUUAGGGCACAUGAAGAGGAUUCAUCCUCCAAGAGGUCAGUACUCUUAAAAUUGAUUCAAGAGAUAGAGCCAUUGGACGUAAGCAUCAUUCAGAAAGAUGUUCCACCUACUACAGUAGAUGCCAUGAAGAGAACUAUAUCGGGAAUGUUGGGAUUGCUACCUUCAGACCAAUUUCAAGUUCUAAUUGAAGCUUUAUGGAAACCCUUGUCCAAGUUAUUGGUUUCUUCUUUAAUGACUGGGUAUACACUUCGGAAUGCUGAAUAUAGGCUGUGUCUCGAGAGGAACUUUGAUACUGAUGAAGAAAGUACAGAUAAGCAGGCAAUUGAAGAUUCUAAAUCUGAAGUAUUACGAACGUUACUGCACAACAAUAUAAUAACAAAUAGGGGUGACCAAGAUGAGUUGCACAAGCCCGAAAAAAUUAGUGAAAAUGCAUCUCAGAUCCCAGAUCUUGGUCAAAUGACUCCUGAAGUGCAACAGUAUAUUUUAAAGCUACAAUCCCGUUUGUUUUCUGUCAAAAAGGAGCUCCAUGAAGUAAAGAGGAAAAAUGCAGCUCUCCAGAUGCAACAGUUUGUUGGGGAAGAAAAAAAUGAAUUGCUGGACUACUUAAGAUCAUUACAACCAGAAAAGGUGGCUGAGCUAUCGGAACCAACAUCUGCUGAUCUCAAAGAAACAAUCCAUUCUGUUGUCCAUGGUCUCCUUGCAACUCUUUCACCUAAGAUGCACUCGCAAGCUCCCCAUAUAUCUGAAAGCACUUCAAUAGGCACUGCAAGUACUGGAAUUGGGAAUGAUGUUGUGGAGAACACUUCAAUUCAAUUUCAGCCCCUCGUUUCUUUGAGUCGGGACUAUCUAGCUCGUCUACUCUUUUGGUGCAUGCUGCUGGGACAUUAUUUGAGGGGCUUGGAGUAUCGAGUGGAACUUAUGGAGCUUUUAUCAAUGUCAAGCAACGAAGCUUCUGAUGGUGAACAUGUACAUUGAGGACGGCUUCACAUCUCAAAUAUUCGUAGACAAUUUGGUAACUUUAUCGACAUGGGUUUGAGUUAGAAGAACUUGGGGAAUAAAACCGGAUCCAAGUCGAGAUGCUCGAACCAGAAUCCUAUAAAGCUUCUCAAGUCCUUGAAAUAAAAUCUGAAUAGAUGUUUGUUGGUGGUGAUAGGAUGUUUUUGCUCCUUGUGUAGAUUAUACAUAAUUUUGUUCUUACAUAGUGUUUGGAUAUUGGAUUUGGGUAAUAAUUUCUACUGCAUUUCAUCCUUUUUAUCCAUCUUGUUUUAGUGUGUAAUAGUAAUAUAAUUCGAACAUCUAUUUAGAGUCAAA